ACUGCACACUGCACCUUCAACCCCCCGACAGCGGCGUCGGGCGUGUAUGCACGGCCCACUAGCCGAUGGCUGCUCGACGGCUGACAGACAGCCCGCGUCGCCCGAGUCACCAAUGCGGAGCGGAGAGCGACUCGGUGGGAAACGCGUAGGAGCAGCAAACACUCGGCAGCGCCAUCAAUUCGCAGCUCAAAUGCACUCCUGAGCGGCGUGCAUGUUCACGCGUACCUGCUGCAGCUGCUACUGCGAACGCUGCAGACAGCCACUGGCAACACACGAAUUCUUUGGGCCCGGCCCAAUGAAAAAUAAUGCACACCAAAGACUGCAGGCGGCACUUCCUCAUCGGGCUCGAUUUGUUUCUGGUGCCAGCCUCCGCAGUGCUGGAUGCGAUGCGGCAAGGUUCGCGGGACGCCUGCACCGCCAUCGUCACAAUAAACGCACCUACCGGCUGCUAGACUCUGCACCCGCUCGCCUAACGUGCUUUGUCGCUGCUCUGUCUGCGGCCUUGGAAGCGGCUGCUGGCCCCAAAGCAGACAAGAGAGGUGGCCGGACACCCGGCCAUCGAGGCGUUUUCGAACGUGGAGAGACGGACUGUGCGCAGCUGAGCUGCAGUAGCGUGGGCGACGCGUGGGAUACGACUGUUGCUUGUUUGGCACGACGAGCGUUGUUACCAGAACUCUGUGCACACCUCAGCAGCAACGGCCUAUCACAUAUCGCCAUGGGACCUGGCAUGUUCUUUCGAUAUCACCUUGGAGAGAAAGCCCUCGGAUGCUGAGCAAUGGCAACGCAUCAAGGCACAUCUAGGAUAGCAGCGCCCGCCAAAGCACAUUGGCGAAGAGGGAUGCCCAUGCUCUCGCGGCACGACGAGGCGUCCAAAAACAAGUAUUGCGAAUACGCGCGCCGUCCAGGCGCAGCGUUGCUACUGGCAGCAUCGGGAAAUGGACGAAUAUCGAAGCGUCAACAAA